CUGGUAGACGGCUGAUCCUAUUGUAUGUCAACAGUAGUGCUUCUCUGUUGCUACGGUUACUCAACGGCAGAAUAUUAACAUUAUACAGACGUUCGUUCCAUAUUUCCAGCAACUCCACGAUGCCACUGUGUAGAUUAGAAACCAAUCUGUCCAAGGAACAGAUUCCAGAGGACUUCCUCAUUAAACUGACAGAAAAGCUUGCCGAGAUAAUGAACAGGCCGCAAGAUCAAUUUUUUGUUGUAAUGCAGCCUAAUAUGACAAUUUACCACGACUUCAAGCAACUCCCUUCUGUCAUACUAACCAUCAAAGCUGCGGAAAGGUUCAACCCAGAUAACAAUAAAAAGUACUUUCCCGAAAUUGUCAAGUUGUUUCUCUCUCAACUCAAGGUUGAGCCAGAAAAACUCGUGAUCCUGUUUGAAGACGUCUCCCCAGACUUUGUGGGCACUGGGGAAGGACUGAUGUCCCAAACCAUGUAACUUGUAAAUACACCGGUCUUUAGUGAUAAAAAGAGACACUUAUUUUAACAAACAUCAAAAUCAUAUGUGGAAUUUCUAUAAUUUUGUCUUUUGGACUACUGAUGGCAUCCUAGAUGGUUGUUUUUUAUGCUUGCAAUUGAAAAUGAAAAUAUUGAUUUUGUUGGCAAUGAACUGUUCAAGCAGUUGACAUAAACCAUACAAGCAAGUUAAAAGAAGGCACUGGGUGAAGUAAAUGCAAGUGUUUCUUGUCACUUUUUGGUAUUCUGGGCUUGAGAUAAUUACAGAAUGUUGUGUCAUCCCCACAUUUUCCUACAGUAUAUCAUGACAUAAUUUCUAAGCAGUUAUUUCUGAUCGGUGACCAUAUUUGGUAUUUAUCCUGUUAGUCCAGCAGGCCUGCUUUAUGCUUAUUUACUUCGUUUAUGUAUGUAAGCAGUGUUUUAAUAUCGACCAGCAAACAUUUUUAUGCUUUUCAAUGCUGAGUUGUGCCUACAGACUGUAAUGUUACAACAAUGACUGGUAAAAUUGUAUGUGCAUAGCGAUGUCAAAAUACCUGCCUGAAAUAUGCUUAUAAUUGCACUACACUAUACAUUUCUACAUGCAUGUAUUUUAUGAAUGUGUGUGUGUGUGUGUGUGUGUGUGUGUGUGUGUGUGAAAGAAGAUUUCAGUUAAGUGUGUUUUUAUGUUUUUCUCUUUUUUUUUUUUUUUUUGCGAUUUUUGGUAUUGUGUACUUAUUUCCAAGUCUAAUUGUUUUUCAUCUAUCAAGAUUAAUUCCUAUGCACAAAAACCAUUUAAGUUUAAAUUUUGUAAAAAGCAACAUUUAUUUUUACGUAUACCAAAUGCAUCUGUGCAUGGAAUUUAAUAAAUUAAAAUGGACUAAAAUCUGUGAUGCUUAAUUUUGUA